GUACAGGAGGGAGCAGGGCUCCAUGGCUGCCCCUCUGCAGCAUCCCCUCCAGGUCCUGAGGUACAGGAAGGAAAAGGCUCCCCAGAGGUGCCAGAAAUAAUUCCCCUUAUCUUCCUGCAGCUGAAACAGUCCACCUUGGCAUAAGGGUUUUAAAACAAUCAUCUGAUAGAGAGGCACCGGGGCUUUGAGGAAUUUGGGCUCGUCUCCAUGUCAUUCAGUUCCUUUUUGCUACCCCUAUCCCAUAGAAUCUGGCUCUUACGCUUGCUUUUAUGUUUUUUCAGGUGCGCAGAUAAAGUCGCUGGUAAAGCUCCCAAAGAAGAGAAGGAAGAGGAGGAAGUGUCCAGCGUGCUCAGCCAUGGCUCUCCCGUGGGCACGGCCCGGCCCAGCCGGAGCUGGCGCAGCAGCCGGACGGCGGCCACCGCUCGCCAGCGCGACUCUGAGAAUUCCCGCCCCUCCAGAUCUAAGGCGAGCUCCCUGCAGCUCAUCUGCAAGUCAGAGCCCAACGCCGACCAGCUGGAGUACGUGGUCACAGAAGAGCAUCAGUCUCCAGAUGGAGUCAGCGACGAUGAUGAGGAGAUGCUCAUCAGUGAGGAAGAAGUUCCCUUCAAAGAUGAUCCCAGAGAUGAGACCUACAAGCCCCACCUAGAGAAGGAAGCACCAAAGCAAAGGAGAAAAGCUAGCAAGGGGAAGGAGGAGAAAGAAAGGCAGAAAGAGAUUAAAGUGGAAGUGAAAGAAGAGAAUGAGUUUCAGGAGGAUGAAGAACCACCAAGGAAGAGGGGAAGGAGGAGAAAGGAUGACAAGAGCCCAAGGCUGCCCAAGAGAAGGAAGAAGCCUCCGAUCCAGUAUGUCCGCUGUGAGAUGGAAGGCUGCGGCACGGUUCUGGCUCACCCGCGGUACCUGCAGCAUCAUAUAAAAUAUCAGCACUUACUGAAGAAAAAAUACGUGUGUCCUCAUCCCUCCUGCGGUCGGCUCUUCCGGCUCCAGAAGCAGCUCCUGCGGCAUGCCAAACAUCACACAGAUCAAAGGGAUUACAUCUGUGAGUACUGCGCCCGGGCCUUCAAGAGCUCCCACAACUUGGCAGUGCACCGGAUGAUCCACACGGGCGAGAAGCCCUUGCAGUGCGAGAUCUGCGGAUUCACCUGCCGGCAGAAGGCUUCCCUCAACUGGCACAUGAAGAAGCACGAUGCAGACUCCUUCUACCAGUUCUCCUGCAAUAUUUGUGGCAAGAAAUUCGAGAAGAAGGACAGCGUGGUGGCCCACAAAGCCAAGAGUCACCCCGAAGUGCUCAUUGCUGAAGCACUGGCUGCCAACGCGGGUGCCCUGAUCACCAGCACCGAUAUCCUGGGCACUAAUCCCGAGGCCAUUGUGCCACCCACAGAUGGCCAAGGCCUCCCGCUGCUCCCCGACCCCCUGGGCAGCACUCCCCCAGCAGAUUGCCUGCUGCUGAGCCCAGAGGGGAUGCCAAAGCCCUACUGUGGCGGGGCAGAGCGUGUGAGCCUGGUGGCUGACGGCAAGCUCUUCGUGGGCAGCGGCAGCAGCGCGAACCCAGAGGGGCUGGUCAUGAACACAGAGAUGCUGGGAGCCAGCACGGAGGUGCUCAUUGAAGAUUCAGACUCCACUGGACCCUAGUGGUGGGGGAGCACCUGGGUGCUGGGACAGUUGGGACUCUGUAUUUAAAAGGAAAAGGAAAAAAAGAAAAGGAGGAGGCACUUACUGAAAGAGAGGAAAGUUAAACAAAACUUACAAUACUAGUAAAUAACUGAAGGGUCUGCUCCCCUCCAGCGCGGAUCACAGCACAUCCUCUUUCUCCCAACCACUUCUCUCUCUCUCCCACGGCCCCUUUGUGGAAAGGGGCGCGUGCUGCCAUUGCCAGAGCAAGUUGGAUUGAGCGGCGGAUUUCUCCAAGGGAGGGGGCACUGCCGAAACCCUUUGCUCUACCCCAAAGCAGUUGCCUUUCUGGCUCCUUGGCGUGGCCCCACUGGCAAACUAAAAAGCGUUGGACAUGCUCUGGAGAAGUUCCUUAGGACUCCCUCUGCCCCUGGUCCCGACUUCUAUGCACCACUGCACUCUGGUCCUUGCAGUCUCCUCCUUCCUUGCCGGGGCUGGGAGUUUGGCACUUUAGCCCCUCGGCAGGGUGAGCUGUGAAGCAGCAGUGCACAUCCCGCUCCCACCGCGCUCCCCUGCUCCAGCCCUGGCAGGAAGUGGAGGGAGGGAACGCCCUGGCUCGUAGAUCAUGUUUGCUUGGAGAGGCCCGGGGGCUACAGGAGCCCUGCGUGGGAGAGGCAAGGAGGAGCAUCCCAGUUUGACGACAGUAAUUUGCACUUUGAACAUGCUUCGUUUUUGUGUUGUGGUAACAAGAUUCCUUAUUUAUUGUUUAAAAAAGGGUCGGUAUUUUUUAGUUCUGUUAUUAGGGGGCGGGGGUGGAAGGGGUUCAGGCUGUUUCCCAGUAGGCUCCAGUGCAGGGAGCUCCAGUGCCAUCGUGCCAGCAGCUGAGAGAGCCGAGGUGAAGGCAGCGCUCUGGAGUCAGAUGUGUCUCACAGCUUUUCCAGAGUAGAGGGAGAGCCCCUGGAGGAGAGCCUGUGUGCAGUGAGAGUCUCUGCAGCAGCGUGUUAGCAGGAGGAUGAGGUGAGUGAUGGGCUGUCUCUCCCUCCCUCUCUUCCUCCCAGCUCCGGGUGAGCUCCUUGCAUUAAAUGCCUGUUUUGCCCCCAGCCUGUUGGGGAGGGACAUUGUUAGCCAGGAACUUGUUCUUGUGACUCGAGACAGCCGUGAGCUACUUGCUGCUGGGGGAUGUGGUGCUCCUCAUCCAACUCUGCCUCUCCUUUCCAGGUCUAGACAAAGACACAGUUAGCAGGGACUGGAUAUGGUUUUCUCAGGCUUGUUUUUCCAAGGCAAUAGAUUGAUGUGGGACUAAGGGGCUGUCAGCUUUUCUCCCUGGCCUCAUUUUGGGGGGGAGAUUGUGUAGCCGUGUUCUGAAAGCUUCUCUUUUCUGCACAGACACCCCAGCUUUCCCUGAAAUGUGGCAGGUUAGGUGUUGCCUGCUGGUGUAGUUAGGGCAGCUUUGAGCCCUUGGAACAGUUUACAUAGGAUAAGAUGUGUCUGCUAUGGAGACUUGGAUUUUUUUUUUGCUCUUCUCUGAAACUUUGUGUGGAGAUUCAGUGGCCUUGAAUUCGUAGCGGUUUUGGAAGAGGUGAAGAAUAACCAGGUUUUUUGUUUGUUUGCUUGUUUUUUGGUUGGGUUUCUGGGGUUGGGAGCAGAGCUGAAGUAUCUUGUCUGAGUACAAGAUCAGCUGAGUUGGUCUGUAGCACACAGCAGCUUGUUGAAAUCGGGUACCUGGGGUGUGGAAAACGGCAAUAAAACGUGGGAUUUAAUUGGAUUAACAGGAAACUGACUCUGAACACCCACUCUGUCCCCUGUGAUGCCUGGAAAUCCAUCUGUGGCCCAAACAUGCUGGCUUUUCUCGGGCUGUUUGUCUUGGUUUGCCCCCUCCCUCCCUCCUUCCCUCCCCCCUUGCAUUGAUACCUUUGUCAGAGCAAGUCGAAGCACUUCCUGGUGUUGGGGUGGAUGGAGGCUGAGCAGUUGGGUGUCCCGUGCCCUGGGUGUGGGCAUCCCACAUCCUCAUGCUGUGGCAGCAGCCUGGCUCAUGUGGGGGCCCAGCACACCUGGUGGAAGGACCGUGAUGGAAUGGUGUUAAACUAAACCAGUUCCUUCAGUUGAGAUGAUCCAGUGUCUUGCUUGGAUUGAUUUACUGUGGUUUACAGCAGGAGACUUUCUGGGUGGCAGCUGGUCCCCUCCCCUUGGAGGCUAGAGAGGGACAGCAAGCACACUGAGACCAGCAAUUCAGCCCAACUCUGAUGGUUUCACCCCCAGCAGUGUGGUGCUUCUCUCUGGGGACACUUGGUGGCCCUCAGGGCAGGCUGGCUGUGUCCUUUGGACAUGGUGCUGCUGGAGCUGAGUCUCUGCCGGCCCCCUCUGCCUGUGGGAGGUGCGGGGUGGGUAGAGCCUUGCACAGAACACUAAAGGAGUGCUCGGGGGUUUGUUGGUCGAGGGAUGGCACUAAAAGGCCUUUGGGCCAAGGGCUUGUUCACCUCUGGUGACCUAGCACUUGGCACCAGGCUGGGGGAGGUUUCCUUGUCCCACGUCCGCCCCAGUGAGCAGGGUUUGCCCCUGGCUGCACUUCUGGGAUGCAAAAUCAAACAUUUCCUUUGCUUCCUGGUCUGGACACCUCUGAUCCCUGCUGCUCCCUGCCUUGUCCUUCCAUGACACCUCUUGUAGCUCUCCCUUUUCUUUUUCUGGCCGGGGCCAGAUGCCUGUCUGUCCUCUAACCAGAGCCUGCUCGCCCCUGAUGCAGGAGAGAUGUGUAGCUCCCUUCCCAUGUCCCUCUGAAGCCCUAAAACUGACACAGCCCUCCUGCAGCUCCUCCUCCCCUCGAUGUCUCUCCUUCACUCGCAUGCAGUUUGCUUCAAUAAAUUAUUGUAGUAGUUUGCAAUAAACUUUUUUGUAUUUUUUUCC